CUCGCGUCGCACCCGUGCCACUGUCGUUCGUUGUCCCGAUCGCCAGAAGGAGAGCCCGCGGGCCACGCGGCGGGGAGUUGGGGGUUUCGCGACGAACGAAAAAGCUCUUUCCUCGCGCCGAGAAGCGCCGCACGCGACGAUUGUCAGUGUCGCGUAGCCAGAUUUUCGCGAUCCGCGCGCAGUUUGCGCACCGACUGGUGGUCUUCGCCGCGCGCCGUCGUCCACACAAGUGCGUCGCUCGCCGCCUGGGGUCCCGUCAACUGCUGGAGCUGCGAUUGAGCAGGGUCGCUGGUCCAGACGUGUCGCUUUCUUCGCCGCCGGAGGGGCCGAACCUUCUUUCCUAUCCUUUCCAUCAUCGCUGGAGGACCAUCCUCUUUCCCUUCACUCCAUUCCACUGCAUUUUUUUGUUCUUUGGUUUACUUUCUGUAGUCCAAGUCUUCCUUUAACGCUCUUGUCGCUAUUUGGUUGAUUCAAUUUCUUUCCCUUGCCGCGCUUGUACUUGUUUUAAUGUUUCGUUGUCUCUCCGCCGGUCGUCUUUAGUUGUUUUUUUCCUCCACGGCCACAACCACCAAUCAAUUUGCAUAGGUUCUUUCUAGCUACCGAGCCAACUCACAAGCUUGUUUUCAUAUUUUUUCUAUAGCGUAUUGGGAUGCCAUAACUGUCUUCUUUAUUUCUCUUUGGUGUAUAGUGAAGGUUCUAAAGUUUGUACUUCCUGCCCUGUCGGCGUCUGUGCUUCGGUUGCCGUACUCGCCUUCAAAAGUCCACAGCGCCACAAAGGAAGCUCCUGGACCGAAAGGCAAGAAGGGAAAAAAAAGAAAACAAAGAAUAGACCUGAAGGAUAGAUUGCGAAGGACUCCCCAGGAGAGCGCAUCGAGAAGGAGAGAGUCUGGAGAGGAGAAAGAAAAAGGAUAGGAGGACCAAGACCGAAGGAGCAGGAGUCGAGAAAUUCAAAGCGGGUGGGAGGAUCUGCCAGGAGCAGACUUUUCAAUAACCACGCGUGCCGGAACCAGAACUGCGGGUCGACAGCGCUUCGGCUUGAGCGGCGACGCGCUCGUGCGCGCUCGCGCUCGGCACUGCCUCUGGCGGUUCUGCACUUUGGCCGUUUCUGCUUUAACGCGACGUCAGUCGGGCUCCCCCCUUAGCGUCGACUGCACUCCCCCUUAUUAUUUCCUCCAGGCAGAAGUGUGCGCUAGCGGAAGAGGCACCGUGCACUGAGUAGGAGGAAAGUCGUCGUCCCUGUUCGGGACGUGUCCCGGGCGAGGGAGAAGAAGGCAGGCUCGAGGGAAAGGGGGGACAUUCUCAGGCGCCCGCCGCACGCGCGCUCACGCACGCACGCCGGGAGCGACGGCCCUUUUUUUCGGGAGCCGAAAGCCUUUGCCAGCAGCCUCCGCUUCCCGAGCAGCGCGCCGCCGGGGCGCGCGCGAGCGCUCGCGUCCAGAAAUUGGACUUGUCGCUUGCAGCAGCAGCGGAUGCUGCUUCUUUCUAUGCGCCCGGCUUCUUCCCUCGCCGCGGUGGGGUCUCUUCAGCGCCGGCUGACGCCGCGGCCGCUGCUGCCUCUGACGUUGGCCGUAUAAAAAGGGAUCGCGGACACCGCGCGGCCAUGUCGGCAUCAUCGACGUCCUCCCAGGCGCCGCCGUCCCAGCAGCAGCUACAGCUCGCGCCGGCGCCCCCGCACUACCGGCACCCCCACCACCGGGCCCCCGCCGGCCAUCAGCAGGCGCACUUCCCCGAAGACUUCGGCGCCGCGGCGGCCGAGUUCCCGGCCUACGAGGAGCUGGCCGGAUUCCCGUGUGUCGCCUCGUCGGGCGGCGGAGGAGCGUCCACGUCUUCGGCGCCGACCGGCGCGGGUGGAGGCUCGACGCCACACCCGAUGCGCCUCGAAGACGCGGCGGGAGGCAGGGACUCGCCCGGAUCGCCGUCCUCGGCCGAGCUCCAGAGACCCGCGUGCGAGUUUGCCGCCAGAGCCGGAGCGGGACCGCUACCACCGCAGGCGCUGCCCUACCCGACCUGCCUCGCUGGUGGCGGCGGCGCCGGCCCUGCAGGAUCGGCCGACGGCUUCUGCUACGAGUACGGCGCUAGCGGCGGGGGCGGUCCCAUCGGCGGCGGAGGCCCGCUGCCGUGCUCGGCGGGCGGCGUGCCGGGCUUCACGGGUCCGUACAAGGUGCAGCGCCGGGCGGCCAACAUCCGGGAGCGGAAGCGCAUGAUGAGCAUCAACACGGCGUUCGAGGAGCUGCGCUGCCACGUGCCCACGUUCCCGUUCGAGAAGCGCCUGUCCAAGAUCGACACGCUGCGGCUGGCCAUCGCGUACAUCGCGCUGCUGCGCGAGGUGCUCGUCUCCCAGUACGACCCCCUGACGCACAUCGAGAAGUGCCUGCGGGGAGAGCUCAAGGGCGAGCACGCCGCCGAGUGGAACACCUCAGAUCUGACAGCGCGCCUGUCCUGGAUCAACUGGGAGAACCUGGGCGUCAACCCGAACCGGAGGAGCGUUCUCACCACGCUCACCCUGACCGCAGACACCAUCGGCUGCCACAACGGAACCCAGUGAUGAUCGUGCCAUCUUGCGGUUUAGCCGCCGUGUGUCCGCGCCUCGCUGACUGCUGCCCCUCCCGCCGCAGCCUCGGACGACAACGCCUCUCUUGGACCGCCGUCCCGACAGUCCUCCGCUCCCGUCUCGUGUUCCGCGACAGUGGACCCCCCACGCCCGCAUUCUGUGUACUCUCAGCGUUCCGAGGACUCGAGCAGUGGCGCUCCAGCUCAGGACUGUGUCCAGCUGUGGUGACCACUGAGUGUGCACACUGAAUGUAGGUGUUUCUUUCGUGCUCGAUAGCGAGGUAAGCGUCCUUCCCUCGGAGCAUCAACUUUUGUCGCUAUCGAGGGUGGUGUCCGGCGGGAUAAAGGUAUAAGACGUUCGCAGAGCAUGCUACGGAAUAGAAGCUGUUCGAGUAAACGAGCGAAAGUUGUAGUUGCGGAGUUCGGACUCGGUUUAGGCCAAGCCAGAGCUUUGUCGCGGGAGUGUGUAGGUCAGAGACACUCGCUUGCUGCCAGUUCUAAGAAGAGAGAUGAUGCCAGUAACCAGAUAUGACGAGAUCAUUCCAACCUUAAGUGGACGAGAUGCCAAGGACAGGUUAGAUUAGAACGAUUAGCCUACCCAACAGUCGAUGCAGAACUUUCGUGAGAAAGGACGUUGAAAUGAGUUCCGAUGGAGCAGUGUCGUUUCUUUCUAUUUACACGGCUUAUAUCUUUAGUGAACGGCAAAGAAGUCUGAAUUGCGAUGUUGGAUACGUUAUCGAUAGUCUUUAAGAACACGGUCCGUUGAACUUGAGACACUGAAGUGCAAGGCUUUUACGAGGCGCUAAAAUGUUGUUCUUUCGUUCUUGACGCUGUAUUCGAUGUGUGAAUUAAAUGUGCGCCCCUUAUUCUAGUCAGGCAUGUUUUCGAUAUCGUCUGCAGCAGGAAUGAUCAGAGUUGUAGUCAUUCACUCCUUUGUAUAGCAUUAAAGCACCAUGAAGCCGGCUCUUUUGUGUUGCAGAUAUAAAUGGCCGUUUUCUUCCUGCAUCUCAAAUUUAGAUAAUAACGCCCGCGCUGUGCAGGGUUUCAGUCGAGAGACAAAAUCGUUGCUUAUGUUUGCAUUACAGUGUGCGCACGCCUUCCUGACUGCAUAGUACGAAAAGAAAAAAAAAAGAAACACUGUAAAUAAUGUUAGUCGUCUCAUUUUAUUUUAAUUUUUAAAGAGAUCAUGUGCCGCGUAGAUAGGUCCAAAGUGUUCGACUAAGUUCUCAUAAUGGGCAGUUUAUAGAACCUCUGAGACAGUGCAAUAUUAUUGAAACUGUGAGAGAAUAAACGACAUCUGCCCAUUCUGGUUGACAA